AUGUCAAAGACUAUCUCCUACGUUAUUUUUCUAGUGCUGGCAUGUCUUCUCGCCAACUCUAUAGCAAUCCCACUCAAGGACAUUUCAACAACCACCGUGGACAUUGAGAGCGAGCUCUCUCCAUCCUCGGAACACGUUGUUGUCACCGUUAAUCGUGUCGACGACCUUUUUGAUGACGACGACUCACUUCUUGGCGAACGUGUCAUAGCUGUUAUGAUGCAUUUCGACAUACAAGAUGACAAACUUCUCAUAAACAACGUUCCUAUCGAUCUCAACUCGACAAGUCUGGAAAUAAUUCAGGCCGAAAUCGCAACUGGCGAUAAAAAAAUCGAGGACAUUGAAAAAUCCUUCGACAUUGGACUCCUUACUGUCGAAGUCUCGACCGUAGUCGAGGCUAUGCCUAAGAAUGAUGCAACGAAUAUUGACGUGCAACGCAUUACAAUCAGUGCCAGAAUCAUUGAAGUCGACGGAACUGAUGUUAUUCAGACCGAGGCCGUUGAGAAGAUAAUGGAGGUCAAGGUACACAAUGUCUUGGAUGAUGACGACGAAGGUACUGAGGUUUUGUCCGUUGGAGAGGGAGAGGUCACCGUUUCUCAAAUCGGUACCAUCGAAAGUUCGCAACCCAACCGUCAACGAGUCGACUGUCCCUUCAAGAACAAGGCCAGCCGUAUUCGCCAGUGGUGGCGAUCCACCUCUCGCUUUACGCGCAUUGUUAUAACUUCGAUGGGACUCACUACAGCCUUUGGGAUUAUAUUUAUCGUUAUUCCAACAGCGAUUAAAUAUUGUCGCUCUCAAAGCCGGUACGAGAUUGUCUCGUCGGACUCCUAUGACGAAGAAAUCACUCAAGUAAUAUACAUAGCGGAUGAAGAAAAGCUAGAUUAUUCUGAAUUUACAGCGAGUAGUGAGGCAAAAUGA